CGGCAACGGGAGGUUCUGGUUACGAGGCGCUCGCAACUUGCGGUCGACUCAAAGCGUCGCUCGCCGUCGAACGAGACGGUUUUCCACUGUCGACGUCCAGCAGUACAACUCGUCUGGCUGCGCCCGCCGCCGCGUUUUUCUUCAUCGGAUGCGAAUUGUGCCGUUUGUGUGACACGGAGGUACCGGUGCCUGUCGAUUGGAUUCGGUGUUUUAUUUUUUUAAGCGGUGUUCAACCCUGUCCCCCCCCCAUCGAAGGGAUUCAAAAAUUCAACUAGUCAAAUUCUGGCCAUGCGAGCGUGACAUCCUCAUACUAAAAUAGAUCGACAUGUCUUCCCUGGGUGUGCUGAUCGUACUGCUGGCGGCAAUCGCGUGUCCCGCCCAGUUUUCCGUCGUGCCGCCGGAAGAGGACUUCAGUUUCGACAUCACCGACUUCGCGGUGAACUUCGACGGCCACAAUGACGGCGCGGGAAUGCGCGCCGGUCAGGAGACGACCGCCACGGUCGGACGUACCUUCCAUUUGGUGGUGCCCAUGGAGCAGUUCGGGCCGCACGCCCGCACUUUGGACGCAAAACGUCUAGGUAACAAACCUCUACCAUCGUGGCUCCUGUUCGACAAGACGAGUGGAACAUUUUGGGGCGUUCCACUGAACGAUGAUUUGGGUCCCAUCCAGAUUAUAAUCAAAUCAAUACCCAAAGACAAAUCAACAUAUCAGCUAACUAUAAAUGUCAUGGAAAACUCGGAUAUUGAAGGUGUUCAAAAGUGUCCCCAGGACGAGGACAUCACAUUGCUGUCAUUAUUAAUAGAUAAAAGUCUGAAGGCUGUUAAACCAAAGCAGAGGGUAGUUGCUAUUAAUAACAUAGCGAAAUUUUUCGGAUUACCAUAUAGUGCCUUCUCCAUGAAACCCCAAACCACUCCCGAUGACAUAACGGACAGUUCUGUGGUGUUGGCCGGACCUGGCAACGUGAAAUCGAAAAGUUCGAAAGUCUCUUCGUUGUUGCAAGUUGCCGUGGGUUGUGACGGUAGACUGUGGGAUUCGACAUCGUCCAUGGUACGCCAGUUGAAACAACAGGCCAGGGAUGGUACUGUAUCCGAAGUAUUAGGACUUCCCUUGAUCGGUUGGAGAAUUAAAACUGAAACCAGGCCAAUUGUGAGACAUAAACGGGAAUUGGAAGAUGGAAGUGGAAAUUACGAUGAGUAUUAUGACGAAUAUGAGGACGAUUACGAUAACGAAGAUUUGGAUGAUGACUUGAAUCCACCCACAAAUCCACCAGCUACUACUACUUCAACAACUACAACGACCACAGAGGCCACCCCAACGCAUCCACACAGACAUCAUCACGGAGAAAGCAUUAAACCCAUCGAUCCCAGUGAUACCAUAUUCACGGAACACCACAAUCAUGACCAGAUACCGCACACGGUUCCUGCUACUUUACCACCAACUCAUCCGUCUACCACCACAGCUAGCACCACAACCACUUCAACGACUGUAAGAACGACGACAGUGGGAGUUCCAGAACUCACAACAUCUAAUGACAGAGAAAUUCCGAAACCAACCAGCUCAUUAAACUAUGAUUACGAUUAUUACGAAGAAGGUGACGAUUCUGGCGACGGUCCAGAAGAAAGUGAGACAGAAGUACCAACAAUUUUAGAUAAACUACCUGAAAUUGAGGUCAAAAAUGAAGUCACGUCUGAAUCGACAACCACAAAAGAAACAACAAAAGAAGUUGUUCCGGAAACUGUUCCAACGACUAAACCACAAAUUGUUACAGAACCAACGAUUGUGGAGGAAGAGACAACUGAAGCAAUUGUGGAGGAUUUUGGCCCUCCUGUUUAUACUGUCGGGGAAACAAUCCCAAUGGAAACGUCCACAACAGAAGCUCCAACGACGGUUUCUGUCAAUCUGACAACUACAACUUCAGCUACAACUUCAGCAACUACUACUACAACGACAACAACCACUGCCGCCACAACUACAGUCAGCUCAACUCCUAUGACUACGGUAACAUCACCUGAACCUGAAGCAAUAACUGAACCAAUAGCCACAACUACUGAAGAACAAAAAACAACUCAACCAGACGAUACAACAACAGUUAAAGUGACUACAGCAAGACACGUAACAGAAUCUCCUAGAACCAGUACAACGAUUCGUGAAUUUAUCGAAACAACUGAAAUUGUCGAAGCUAGAAACUUCAAACCUUUCAUAGAAAACAGGUUACAACAGAUGUCAGUUAUGGCUGGAAAGAUAUUCAGAUUUGUGGUACCAAUCAACGCCUUCAAGGACUUCGAGGACGAGUACAAUUUAAGUCUGCAAUUUUUGGACUCGAAUGGUGAGAACAUAUCAAAGAGUUCCUGGUGCCAAUUUAAUCCUGCCAGAAGGGAAAUCUAUGGACUGCCAUUGGAGAAGGACAUUUCCAAAUGGACUUACUAUGUACGUGCUACAGACACUGAAGGUUCAUACGAACAAGAUCAACUGACUAUACAGGUUCAACAACAUAAGAUGGCUCGUGUGGUGAACCACGAAUUUUCGUUGCACAUUAGGAUUGAAAAACAACAAGAGUUUCCACAUUACAUUGAUUGGUCUUUGAAAACAUUAAGAGCUCUUGGAAAAAUAUACAAUACCAAUAUGUCGGAAAUAACUGUUAGAAGUAUAAAUGCCAGUGGCGAGUUGGUCGUGUUUACGUGGUCCAAUGAUUCCAUUCCAACAAAUUACUGUCCCAGAAGCGACAUCCUAAACCUUUACAAAGUCCUGACAGCAAAUGAUAGAGGUGAUCCGUCUAGAGAAUUGAACUUAGCCCUGGCACCUGAAUUAAGAGUCAAAAAGGUGACAUAUAGUGAAAGAGGUGUUUGUGAACAACCAACAAAUCCAGCUACUCCGCCUGUCAACUUCUCUCCAAUUUUAAGAAAUCCCGUCGACAGUGUAAACGCCACUUACGGAGAACUCUUAGUCUACAAAGUUAGAGACGACACUUUUUACGAUCCGGAAGAUGUUGAUCCACGUACUUUGAACAUAUCCCUAUUAACCGCAACCAGACAACCAAUACCACCAAAUAACUGGUUACAAUUUGACAGUAAAAACAGGGAGUUUUAUGGUAUUCCAUUUAAGACCUCACGUACCGAGUACCAACUUGUAUGCACUGAUAGUGGAGGUUUAUCAGUGACUGAUAGUUUGGAAGUGGUUGUCCAUCAACACCCUCCAGUAUCCUACAAUGUUGAGUUCAGUAUGGCCCUAGAAACGAGCUAUGAAACUUUCGCACAUAGUGCUAGUAUGCAGAAAAAAUUCGUCGAGAAGUUAAUGACCCUUUUCAAUGAGCCAAAUAGUAAGAAUUUCCAAUUUUUACCAUUCAAAUCGAAAUUCGAAACAACCAUUGUUACAUGGUAUAACAACUCUCUACCAACUUGGCAGUGUCCGACAUCGGAAAUUAAUAGACUCGAAUCCAUUAUGAUCAAUAAAAUUGAUCAUGGUAUCGCACACCGGGUUCACAACAUUAUGGACCCAGAAUUUGCAGUGUCCACCAUUAAAAUUCACCUAAAAGGAAAUUGCAAAAUUAAAGUUGCACCCGCACCAGAUGUUAUACCAGUGGAUGAGAGCACUCCUCAAUCUGGUCAAGCGGAAUAUUUGGUUACAUUCAUAGUGCCUGUAGUCAUCAUAUCAAUAAUGUUAUUUGUAGCAGCAGUUGCAGCUUGCGUAUUAUACAGAAGGAGGAGAAUGUCCGGCAAGAUGAACGUGGAGGAAGACGGAAGAACGAGUUAUGGAAAUAAAGGCAUACCUGUGAUCUUUCAAGAGGAACUGGAAGAAAAACCUGAACCAGGUACCAAAGCACCGGUUAUAUUGAAGGAUGAAAAACCUCCCCUAGCGCCGCCGGAAUACAGCAAAAGCGGAUCAGUGAAAUUGAACGACGAUUCGGAGCCAUAUCAGCCACCGCCACCAUUCACACGCACCCAGGACAACGGCAGACAAUCUAGACCAAAACCCACCCCUACCUAUAGGAAACCACCACCCUAUGUGCCCCCUUAACAAUUACACUUCACAUUUUUUCAGCAAUAAUUUCCGAAAAAAAUUUAAAAAUUGAGAAAAACAAACAAGUUUACUGCCAUAACAAUUUUUUAUGUAACUAACAUCAUAGUACAUUAUAUACUAAUUCCCUGUUGCCAAAUUUAUGCAUCACCCACCAUAUGUAUCACACAAUGUAUCUUAAAAUGAAGUACUUAAAGUACGAGAAACCUUAAAAGUAAGACUACUGUAGAGUAUAUAAAUAUUUGUGAAUAUCCUGCAUUAAGUGUAUGUAUAGUAACUACGAAUCGUCUCCUUAUUCGGGGAAAACCAAAACAAAAAAUUGUCUUUGACUUUGUCUGUGAUAUUUCACCAUGAUUAUUUAAUGUUUUCAACUGAAUAAUUAUGGUUGAUAACUUGGUAUAAGCCAGGCAUUCUUCAAAAGAAUACACAUUAUAAAUAGUUUGCAAUUUAUUCACAAACCAAACUAUAUUUAAUUCUUUGGAAAUUGUAUUUUUCAUAUCAUACACUGACAUAUCUUCUUGAAGAGUGUUCCGGCUUGAUUUAUAUCCGAAUAUCGUGAGUUUUAGUCGACAAUGAACCAAAAAUACUUUUAAUUAAUUGUUAUGAAUGUAAAUUGAAACAAAAACAACUGUUUUAGAACUAGACAAACAGACAAUUUUAACUGAAUGGAAUAAUAUUUAAUGAAAUAUUGUUUUCCCUAUUCUGAAUGUGACUAAAAUAUAUUUUAAUUACUGCCCAUGGCAAUUCUAGGUUUUAAGAAGCUACUGACCAGAGUGUUGCACAAUAUUUAUUUAUCUAUUGAUUAAUUUUUAUUUUGUCUCGCAACAUGCAAGUUCACCUAAUAUACUAUAUAGAAAAUUGGUGCGAUUUACAUGUGAAGAGACAUAUUAUGGGACUGUACUUGCGCAACAUUCUGUCUAAUAAUUAGAAUCUUAGUAUGCAGGAUAUCUAAAACGUUAUAACGUAGACUAGAGAAGUAAAUAAGGCUGUUUUUAAUUUGCUUUUGUACGUUUAAUAUAUGAACAUGUAAAAACAAAGCGCACAUGCAGCGCACAACAUUUAAUUCUUCCAAUUGUACAUUAUUUUUAUAUAACUAUUGUGACAUGUUUAUAAAUUAAACAAGGUUUAUGCAUAACCCUGUAUAAACGUUGUUUUAUUUUAAUAUGUAUCUUUUUUAAUUAAGUUACCAUAUUAACCUUUUUUCCUAAACGGUCAUAUGAUCUGGCAUAAUAUACAAACAAUAUCUUAAGUAAUAAGACUUCAUUGCGAAUAUAUUAAUAUAAUUUUUAAUGGUUUAUAUGUAUCAUAUCACAGAAAUAUCAUUCAUAUGUAUCUCAUAUCAUACUUUUGUAUUAACCAGUCAUAUUAAUUGUUCAAUAAAUCAAUAACAAAUAAAAUGAUAA